CUGCACUACGGGACCCUGCUGGGCAGCAGAGCUUGUGCCACCAUGGCAGCAGCUGCCUGGGGCACUGGGGUCCUUAAUUCCCUGCUGCACACUGCCAAUACAUUUUCCCUGCCUCUGUGCCAAGGCAAUGCUGUGGAUCAGUUCUUCUGUGAAAUCCCCCAGAUCCUCAAACUCUCCUGCUCAGAUGCCUACCUCAGAGAAAUUUGGCUUCUUGGGCUUAGUGCUACUUUCUCAUCUGGGUGUUUUGUUUUCAUUCUUUUCUCCUAUGUGCAGAUCUUCAGGGCCGUGCUGAGGAUGCCCUCUGAGCAGGGACGGCACAAAGCCUUCUCCACGUGCCUCCCUCACCUGGCUGUGCUCUCCCUCUUGGUCAGCACUGGCUUUUUUGCCAAUCUGAAGCCCCCCUCUCUUUCCUCCCAAGCCCUGGAUCUGACGAUGGCAGUUCUGUACUCCGUGGUGCCUCCAACCCUGAAUCCUCUCAUCUACAGCAUGAGGAACCAGGAGCUCAAGGAUGCAGUGUGGAAAAUGAUAGCAUGGACUCAUUUCAGCAGGGAUAAAUUUCUCAUCUGUCUCUACAAAUGA